AUGCAGCACUCACACGAGUAUCCAACGAAUGGGCUUCAUCUUGGCUCAGUGGCCGUGGAUGCAUUUUUUGUGCUGUCAUCCUUCUUACUGACCUGGCUUUUCAUGAAGAAGAGCAUGAAAUUAUUUUCACAACAAGCGGGAGCUUGCUCAUGGACGAUCGCCCUGUUGGAUUAUUUCCAGAAACGAUUCUUUCGCGUGUAUCCGUUGUUCGCGGUGACGGCAGUCGUUCUUUCUUGUAUGUCGUUCGAGAACCAGCACCGGUAUUUUCGAUUGAAGAAACCCGAAGACUAUGAGUUGACCAAAGUGCUGAUGCUCUACACUGAUUACCGUCCUCACGUCUUUUGGACGUUGCCACUGGAGAUUGGUUACUAUUUCGUGAUUCCAGCUUUUGUCAUGGUUGCGCUGGCUAUGCGUCGUUACUGGUGGCUUGGAGCUGUUCCUUUAUCAGCGUGGAUCAUACACGAAGGGUGCUAUACGUAUCGAACUAGUCACAUGCCUCUCGCUCCUCAUCUUCACACAUUUUUGGCGGGUUCGUUGGGAGCUGUAGUGUUCGUGAAGUCGGAUUUGUGGAUCAAAAAGACGGGGUUUAACUUCCGAUGGUGGCACACUCUUCUCCUCCGAAUAGUUGAAGGAAUAUCCAUUGCGCUGAUGUUAAGCGUGUCCUUCCAAGGAUUAUUUUUCGACUGGAUCCAUGAAGACCCUGUACCAGCUUCUAAGGGUUUUGGCUUUGUGAGUGUACAGAUGACAAUAGUUUUCGUGAUCGAGAUGCUUCGUCCAUCUUGUAUCUCUACUAUGUUUGAGUGGAGUGUAUUGCGAUACUGGGGAAAGAUCAGUUUCUCAGUUUACUUGCUACAUUCUUUCGUCGUUGACUACCCUCCCGUGAGCCACCAAAAGAAGUAUUUCAAUCGGCUCUUCGCUCGAUUUGGUCUGAUUUUGCUGCUUGCGACGGCGAGCUACCGCCUCAUUGAGUACCCGUCACAGCUACUGGCUCAGAGAAUCUCACGUUUCCUAAAUGAUCAAGACGGGAAGGAAUCAGGAGGCGGCUUGGUAAGAUUUACGUGCAUGGAGCGUAUCAGCAUGAGAAAGCAGAAGGCUCCAGUGGAGGAGAAGUAA